CAGAGAAUCACAAUUUGAUUUUCUUGAUUACAAGAUGGCCAGAAAAUGGUUGGCCAGCGCUGCUUUGUUUGUGUUGCUGCUAUCUCCUCCAGUGUUUCAUGCACAAGGCCCGCUGCCGAUUUUUAGUUGUUUCAUUAACUGUGGCGUAAAAACGGUUCAGUGCUCAAUGGGAUGUUUGGUGAACCCUAUUUGCUACAUGAACUGCGGAAUAGGCAACUUGAGGUGCAUAAGUUAUUGCAACGAGACCUUAGUAGUAGCAGAAGAUCAAAUUCCACCAGUAUUUGAACCCAAGACAAUGGCGAUAGGAAGAGGAGGGCCUGCAGGAAUCGAGAUCGGAACACUUGAAGCAGUGGCAAAGAUGAUCUCUUCCGCCGGCAUUGGGGAAAAUGUCGUAAAGGAGUCUAUUGAAGCAAUGGCGAAAAUCAUUGCUUCCGUCGAUACUAGCAAAAAUGGUAUAAAAGGCUCCCUUGAAGCUAUAGCGAAGAUCACCUCUUCCGGUGGUAGUGCCGACAACAGAGUAAAGGGCUCUCUUCAUUUCCUGCAGGAUUCCACUGAAAGAACAACUCGCAUCAAAGGAAGAAUCGUAGGACUUUCUCCCGGCAUUCAUGGAUUAAGUAUUCAUUCAACCGGAAGCUGUGAUUCCAUCAGACCUCAUUUUAAUCCGUUUAACUGGGAUCAUGGAGCGCCUUUGGAUACAAAUCAUCACACCGGCCAUUUGGGAAACAUUGUUGCCGGUCCAGAUGGAAUUGCCGAGGUCUCAAUCAAAACGGCAACUAUCCAACUUAACGGCCUUAAUUCUAUCCUUGGUCGGCCGAUUGUUGUUCGUGCUGAGGCAGAUGGGCAAGGAAGAGGUGCACAUGAAGAUACCAAGAUUAAUGGAAAUUCAGGGGGUGCCCUUGGUUGUGGGAUUAUUGAAAUAAAGCCAUCAUUUUAGUUGCUCUAAACUACUUUUUAGUUCUCACAGUAUUCUCCCAGAAUUAUUUAGCUUCUAAUGAAAGGAUGAUAAUCAUGUACUAUAUAUCUAAGAAGAAGAAACUUUGCUAGUGAUAAUCAGAAUCAAUCCCUCCAUUCUGUUUGAGAAAAAUGUAUUACUUUUCUGUUCUUUUUCCUCCUUUUGAGAGACAGUAAGAUUUUCGAGUAAAGACACCUAGUUUUCAAGUACGUAUUAUCAAAAUGCUUCAUAACAAAUAGCAGAG